AUAACGUGUAGAGCGCUACUUCGGCAAGUAUUUUAAAAUUGUGCGAAAAGUAAACAACACAAUUAAAUGAAAAUGAUUACGCAAUCAUGUCCAUAAAACCCGAAUCCAAUAAACGAUCAAAUCGAUGUUGCGAAAUCGUCGGAAUUCGAUUUGCCCUGAAUUUCAAACAAAUGGUUAUUCGUUCUGGUCUCGUCGCAGAAUUUUACAAAUUCCCAACUCCUGGAGAACGAAGUAGGUGACAAUGUAUCGCUUGCUGCUGCUCGUCUGCUUGUCGCUGGCGCGGGGCCGGGACGCCAGAUUCUUCAAGACGCUGCCGACAGUCACCAACUCGCUGGUCAAUCUUGGCAAGAUGGAUAUCGCCUUCUAUAUCAACGCGAAACCGCAAGAUCUCAAGUCGGACGUGGCACAUACAAACACAUUCCUGACCCCCUCGGAGGCAGCUGACGAGCCGUGUCCCUGCUCGAGCCUGAAGUACUUCAAGGACGCGUCCCGCAGCCAGCCCUCCGACAUCCUCAGCAGGAUCCUCACCAACAACGACCUCUUCUCCUUCCGCGAACCCAGCAUGUCCACUCUAUGCUGUGACUCUCAUGAACAGGUGCGAGAAGAUUCAAUUGUAUUCGAAUUUGGGCCAAAACAGAGUCAAAUGAUUGCCAACCCCGCGCCGUCGAGCCGCUUCCCGAUACCCUUCCUCAUUGACAACCUGAUUGCCAAUAAACCAUUCAACACUCAGACUUCGCCGACGAAACAUAAGUUUGUCGAACUACUCCUGUUUCCACAGAAAAAGGAAAUCGCAUUGGAUUUGGGAAAAAUAAUGAAAAAGAAAGAUAUCCAUAAAGAAGGUACUAUAAAAAUAGUUGGAGACAAGGAAAUUCGAAAUGACUUCAAAACAAUGAAAUUCAUACCGCCUCUGUCGGCUUCCGUUAAGAAGGAUUUAACGGUUCAAGAGAAUAAAAAUAAGAUAGACAUCAACAAACAGGACGAAGCCAACGCUAACACUAGCAAGGCUAAUGUUGUUUAAGCAGCUCUGUCAGAUUGUUUAUUAAAUCUUAAUGAAUAAAACGAGUAAAAUAAAUUA